AUGGUCUUGGAGGCGGAGACACUGGGGAGUCCCGAGGCCUUGCCGCCAGACGCGCUUAUCAGCAAGAUCGCCAUCCAGGGCUCCCUAGCUGUGGGCAAGAACUGGUUAUUGGAUGAGCAGACCAGCCCUCCCACGAGGCUGCGCUACUCUUACCGGGUCAUCUGCAGUGACAACUACUAUGGGGACAGCUGCUCACGCCUGUGCAAGAAGCGUAAUGACCACUUCGGCCACUACGUGUGCCAGCCAGAUGGCAGCCUGUCCUGCCUACCCGGCUGGACUGGGGAGUACUGCGAACAGCCUGUCUGUCUUUCUGGCUGUCAUGAACAGAAUGGUUACUGCAGCAAGCCAGCAGAAUGCAUCUGCCGCCCAGGCUGGCAGGGACGCCUGUGCAACGAGUGCAUCCCCCACAAUGGCUGUCGCCAUGGCACCUGCAGCAUCCCCUGGCAAUGCACCUGUGAUGAGGGCUGGGGGGGCCUAUUCUGUGACCAAGAUCUCAAUUACUGCACCCACCACUCUCCAUGCAAGAACGGGGCAACGUGCUCCAACAGUGGGCAGCGGAGCUACACCUGCACCUGUCGCCCAGGCUACACUGGUGUGGACUGUGAACUGGAGCUCAGCGAGUGUGAUAGCAACCCUUGUCGCAAUGGAGGCAGCUGUAAGGACCAGGAGGAUGGCUACCGCUGCCUGUGUCCCCCGGGCUACUAUGGCUUGCACUGUGAACACAGCACUUUGAGCUGUGCAGACUCACCCUGCUUCAAUGGGGGCUCUUGCCGGGAGCGCAACCAGGGGGCCAGCUAUGCCUGUGAAUGCCCCCCCAACUUCAUGGGCUCCAACUGUGAGAAGAAGGUGGACAGGUGUACCAGCAACCCAUGUGCCAAUGGGGGCCAGUGCGUGAACCGUGGUCCGAACCGCAUGUGCCGCUGCCGUCCUGGAUUCACAGGCCUCCACUGUGAACUCCCCAUCAGCGACUGUGCCCGCAGCCCUUGUGCCCACGGCGGCACUUGCCAUGAUCUAGAGAAUGGGCUCAUGUGCACCUGCCCUGCUGGUUUCUCUGGCCGGCGCUGCGAGGUGCCUAUUCCUGGUGACGCCUGUGUCUCAGGACCCUGCUUCAAUGGGGCCACCUGCUACCCUGGCCUCUCCCGGGACAGCUUCGUCUGCAACUGUCCCUAUGGCUUUGUGGGCAGCCGCUGCGAGUUCCCUAUGAGCAUGCCACCCAGCUUCCCCUGGGUGGCUGUCUCUCUGGGCGUGGGACUGGUGGUGGUGCUGGUGUUGCUGGGCAUGGUGGCAGUGGCAGUGCGGCAGCUGCGACUUCGGCGGCCUGAUGAUGGUGGCAGGGAGGCCAUGAACAACUUGUCAGACUUCCAGAAGGACAACCUGAUCCCUGCAGCCCAGCUCAAGAACACAAACCAGAAGAAGGAGCUGGAAGUGGACUGUGGCCUGGACAAGUCCAACUGUGGCAAACAACAGAACCACACACUGGACUAUAAUCUGGCCCCGGGGCCUCUGGGGCGAGGGACCAUGGCGGGGAAGUAUUCCCACAGUGAUAAGAGCUUAGGGGAGAAGGCGCCACUGAGGUUACACAGUGAAAAGCCAGAGUGUCGGAUAUCAGCGAUAUGCUCCCCCAGGGAAUCCAUGUACCAGUCUGUGUGUUUGAUAUCAGAAGAGAGGAACGAAUGUGUCAUUGCCACAGAGCUGGGCAAGGGUGCUGAGUCUGGACACCUGGUCCGCCCAGAGCUGCAGGAAUUUAUUGAAGACUGCAGGGAGAGGAGGAGGAGGUAG